AUGACAGAACAGACAGUACCACUAGUAAUUCAAGAUUGUUGUGGUGACAUCUUUCAGCGAUUAAGUGAGUUAAUUGUUAGUACUGAGAAGCUUUUUAGACAUGGAGAACGUUCACCCACGGAAACUUACCCAAAUGAUCCAUAUAAGAAUUUUAACUGGUCUGGAGGAUGGGGUCAUUUGACUAACAGAGGUAAAUUACAAAUGUACAAUCUAGGACUAAAAUUAAGAACACAUUAUAAGGAUUUUUUACCUGAAUUGUAUUGGCCUGAAGAGGUAAAUGUUACUAGUAGCUACGCCGACAGGUGUUUAAUGAGUGCUGAAUCACUAACAGCAGGUCUUUUUCCGCCAAAAGGACCACAAGUUUGGAAUCAUGACUUACUUUGGCAACCACUUCCCAUUCACUAUUUACCAAGAAGUCAAGAUAAUAUGAUUGCUAUGAAAUCUAAAUGUGAUAAAUACGACGCAAUGUUCAACGAUGUUAUGAUCUCUCAAAAAGUUCAAAAUAUGUUGUCUUCAAAUGAAAAACUGAUGGAAUACUUGAGUGAUAACACUGGUAUGAAUGUGGAUAGUCUCGGCAUUGUUGAAACUUUGUUUAAUACAUUAGAAAUUGAAAAAUUAAAUAAUUUAACAUUGCCUUUGUGGUUAAAUGCUACACUAAUGGAGACCAUGGAAAAGUUAGGUGCUCAAAAUUUGGCAUUGUACUCAGAAACCGAGUUCAUGAAGAGAAUGAAAGGAGGUGUACUGUUGAAAUACAUAAUAACAUGCAUGGAAAAAUCUCUGCAGGGGAAACAAGAACCUUUGCUGCAAUUAUACUCUGUUCACGAUUUAACAAUUGUACACGUUUUAAGGACUUUAAACUUAGUCGAUACAAUUAAACCAGGCUUUGGAGCCUCAGUGGUAUUUGAAUUGUAUUCGGAUGGCCAGGUUAAGAUAAUAUAUAGAAACUCCUGGGAUGGAGCUGCAGAAGAAAAAAAUAUAUAUUCUUGUAUUUCUCCUUGCCAGUUGAUCGUUUUUAAACAGGCGUUAGAGCCAGUCUUACCUACAGAUUGGAUGGAGGAUUGUAAAAUUCAAACUGCCUCUUGAAUGACUUAAAUUAUGAACAGUGUAAAAACUGAACUCUAGAAAGGCUUUUGUGUGUUAAAAAUGUGUUUUGUAUUAUGUUCACUAAAGAAACAAAAUAAAAAAAACAGUUUUAUGAUAA